UUUGUGAGGGGUUGUAGAGACGCCGGAGCUCUCAUAGAGGGCACAUUGUGGGCACAGACGUCUCCUGUUGGCAGUGGGCAGUAGUAGAGAACACAUCUCCUCUGCAGCCCUUAGGGUCACAAGAAUUCUUCUUGUAGGUAGUUUUGAUAAUAACUUUAUAUUAGGGGUUAUUUGUGAUAUUUCCAUAUAUAAUACAGAUUUGCUGUAUGGAUAAUUGUAAUACUUCUAAUACAUCAGCAACCAAGGACGUGACAUCAUCAGGUAUAGAAUGUGAUGACAUCACAGAUGGUGGUCGGUUAUACCACUGCAGGAUACAGGCAAACCCUUCACUUUCUGUUAGUUCAGAUUGAGAGCGCUCAGUUUUCCUGAGAGUGAUAAGAAUAUUUCUUCUUCUAAUAUGACGAGCCCAACCCUGGCUAUCCUGCCAUUGUUUUGGGCAUUAUGGACCUUCGUGGGUGUCCUGACCACCUUCACCAUGACCAUCGCACAAGGCCAUUACCGGACAGGGGUCAUCAGCAUCAGUGACACUGGAGCACAAUAUCCGGAAUCCAUCGUGCUGACUAUAGUGUCCACCGUAUCUUCUCUGCUAGAGGCCGGGAUUUUAUACAUCAUCUACAAGUCCAUGGAGAUCAAGGCCCUGAAGAGAAGCCUUUGUGGAAUCACCUACCAAACAUGGCUGCUGACAUUCGGGUGGAUGACCUGUAUCGGAAACAUCAUAACCCCAUUGAUACAGGAUUCAGCAAUGCUUAAUGACGGCUGCCUGGCGGUGUUAUCCAGUACCAUCAUCUACGGUGGAAUAUCUGUGGCAUCUCAGCUGUAUCCAGGCUCCAGGGACCGGAGAUGUAGGCGCCUUACCACCACGGUGCUGUCGGUGACCAUCUUGCUGGCAAACAUUAGCCGGUUAUCCUGUAAAAUGAUGGCAUUAUACACCUGUACAAGCGAGUUCUGCACACAGUCUUCCCGAAUUACGCUGACCAUCCUGGAGUGGGUCGUGUUGGUGUUCUCCUGCAUAAGCCAGAUUCUGCUAUAUUGGGACUUCCCGGUUCUUACUACAACAUCUAAGAGGAACAUGAUUGAAGCUGAGAGCGUCCUGAGUGUGGAUCCAUUGACAGUGCCUCUAUUAGAUCGAGCACUAGAGGAUCAACCAGAUGACGUGACGCCAGAUGACGCUUCAUCAUGUGACUUUGUUACAGUGGACCUAUUUUCAGCAGAGGACACAAUACCAUCAGAGUAGGAGCAACAGCGUCCCACUGGAAAAGACCCCCCCCCCCCCCUCCCUCUC